AUGACUGUGAAGCUCCUGGCCGACAUAGCAGCGACCAUGGAUUCGCAAAACAGUCUCUGGGCACUUACUGAGAAGCUGGCCGUGUACGAGGAGUGCCUCUCCAUCAUAGAGUCGUUCGGGCCAUCGGAGGUUGACCGGCUACUCAGCGAGGUCUCCGACUUUACUGAGCCGCUCAAGAACAUGGGCUUGGGUGCCAUCUCCAUGAACGAUGUGGAACUGGAGCUCAAGAUUUGGGAGGUCUCCUUGCGGUAUUGCCUGGCAACGAGAUGUGCGGACACCGUGCGUCACGGAGAGGUUCUUAUCCGGGUUGGCGUGGCUCUCUCCAAGCAAGACAAGCAGGACUCCGCCUUGAUCAUGCAGUACUAUGACAAGGCAGAUCACAUUUUCAUGAAGCUGGGUCGGCAGAACACUCAUUGGUACGCGAUCCUCGUGCACAACAUGGGGGUGGUCUUCGGCCAACAGGGAGACAGACAGCGUGAGCUGGCAAACUACGAGAAGGCUGUUGACACUUACCGGGGUCUGAAAAUGACUCAGACUGAGACGUUCACGAGCAUCUUGUACGAGCUAGCCGCCAGCAGAACCGACAGGGGCAACAAAGAGGGUGGACGUGAGGCCUUCUUGGAGGCGGAGCGGGUCUUCCUUCAGAACCCGAAGCUGCAGUCGAAAAUGCGCUCUCAUUACGUGGGUCAAUACGGCCUCAGCCGCCGGGCUGCAGGCGAUUUGGCCGGAGCCAUCCAUGCCUUCGAGGUUGCUGUGCAGGCCCAUGAAAAGACUCAGACCCUGCGCACGGAGGGCGGGCGCAGCGCAAAGCGGAACCUCAAGGAAGCCGAGGAUGUGUUGGCCUCUCUGCCCAAAGAAGACAGAAGGCAAAUUGCCAGGCGUAUUGAGGUGCUUCGCUGGCCGAGCGAACCCGAGACUGCUGAAGAGCUUGAGGCGGGCGUUUACCUGCAGCGGGCUGGAAGGUGA